AUGAAAUUUACCACCUUGAAUGCAAUUGGGAUUUUAGCUUCCACUGUGAGCGGAGCCGCUAUCGAAAAUCACCGUAGAGAAGUCUCCCCCAAAAUUAUCCAACUAUCUUUCAACAAACAUGGAGGGGCGGCUAAUAACAAGGACAUUUUAACGCCCACGAGUCAAAAUACUGAUAUCAGCGUAAAUGCCACCAACCGUUACAUCUUCUAUUCUGUUGAAUUGAGCGUUGGUACUCCUGCACAAAAGCUUUCUGUUCUUUUGGAUACUGGCUCUUCGGAUCUAUGGGUUCCUGGUGCUGACAAUUUGUUCUGCGAAAACCAUGCGGUUUCAGACUCGAAUUCUACUGAUAAACCUCUGAAGUCACCUACAUUGCCCUCUCCACAACCCACCAUAGAUUGCAAUCAAUAUGGUACUUUUGAUUAUUCGAAAUCGAGCUCUUUUAAAGCUAACGAUUCCAGUUUAUUGAUCCGUUAUGGAGACCAAAGUUAUGCUCUCGGUAGAUUUGGCCAAGACACCGUUGAGAUGAAUUCUUUGAGUAUUCCAAACGUUUCAUUGGGUGUUGCCCAUCAAGCCAAUGUGACUCAAGGUGUAUUGGGUAUUGGUCUUGCUGGGUUGGAAACUACAAACACAGGUUUCUCAUCCACUUUAAAUUCCAAAUCCUACACAUACGAAAAUUUCCCACAAGUGCUCAAAUCUCAAGGUAUCAUUGACGCUAACGCGUACUCAUUGUUCCUUAACUCUCCAGGUGCCUCUCAAGGCGGUAUCCUGUUCGGAGGUGUAGAUCAUAGCAAAUACACUGGUCCUCUCUACACGGUUCCUAUUAUUAACACAGGUGCUCCUGGAAACCCAAUUCAAUUCCAAGUCACUUUACAAGGUGUUGGCAUAAGUUUAGAUAAAUCCAACGGCACUAAUACCAAUGCUGCCGAUUCUACGAGUAACGUUACAUUAACAGCAAGCAAGUUCCCUGUCUUGUUGGAUUCUGGCACGACAUUAAUGACUCUCCCACGUCCUGUCACUGACCAAAUGGCUAAGCAGUUAGGAGCAACUUAUAACUCUGAAACCAGUUACUACCAGUUAAAGUGCCCUUCACAAAACGAUAACACACGGUUAAUAUUGGAUUUUGGUGGUUUCCAGGUCAACGCCAAGAUUACAAACCAUAUUACCCGUUCACAAAACGGCGAAUGUCUACUAGGCAUAACGCCCUCAGAUACAGAUUCAGGAACCCUAGGCGAUGUAUUUUUAGUGGAUGCAUAUGUAGUUUAUGACCUUGACAACUACGAGAUCUCUUUGGCACAGGCUGAUUUUAGUGAUUCAGCACAAAGCAUCGAACCCAUUUCUAGUUCGGUUCCUAGCGCUACUAAGGCCCCUGGUUACUCUAAUACAUGGACUGGUUCCGAAAGCAUCAAAACCGGCGGUAACAUAUUUACUGCACAGACCUCUGCUCCUACUAUGACUCAAUGA